AUGAAGGAAUGGCUGCGAUUCGCCGUGGCGUUCUGGCACACGUUCCGCGGCGACGGGUCGGACCCGUUCGGCUCCCCCACGAAGCACUGGCCGUGGGAGGACGGCACCAACUCUCUCGCCAUGGCCAAGCGCCGCAUGCGCGCGGCGUUCGAGUUCAUGUCGAAGCUCGGCGCGCAGUUCUGGUGCUUCCACGACCGCGACAUCGCGCCGGAGGGCGCAACGCUCGCGGAAUCCAACGCGAAUCUCGACGAGGUGGUUGCGCUGGCGGCGGAGCUGCAGGCGCAGACGGGCAUCCGCCCGCUGUGGGGCACGGCGCAGCUGUUCAAGCACCCGCGGUACCGCCACGGCGCCGCGACCAGCCCUGUGGCGAGCGUCUACGCGUACGCCGCAGCGCAGGUGAAAAAGGCGAUGGAGGUGACGCACCGCCUGGGCGGCGAGAACUACGUGUUUUGGGGCGGGCGCGAGGGGUACUCGAGCUUGGUUAACACGGAUAUGGGGCUCGAGCUGGACCAUCUGGCGAGAUUCCUCGCCAUGGCUGCGGAUUGGAGAGAGAAGUUAGGGUUCAAAGGCACGCUGCUGAUGGAGCCCAAGCCGCAGGAGCCGACGAAGCACCAGUACGACUGGGACGCCGCCACCACGUUAGGGUUUCUCGUGCGCUACAACCUCACGCGGCUCGACGCUGCUACAGGCACGCUACAGCCGUUCAAGCUGAACCUGGAGUGCAACCACGCGACGCUGGCGGGGCACAGCUGCGAGCACGAGCUGGAGACGGCGCGCAUCGCGGGCGUGCUGGGCGGCGUGGACGCGAACACGGGCGACGCACAGACCGGGUGGGACACGGACGAGUUUCUGACCGACCCCGCUGCCGCGACGCGCGUGAUGCUGGCCAUCGUGCGCAACGGCGGGCUGGCGCCGGGGGGGAUUAACUUCGACGCAAAGCUGCGGAGGGAGAGCACGGACGUGGAGGACUUGUUCAUCGCGCACAUCGCGGGUAUGGACGCGCUCGCGCGAGGGCUGCGCAGCGCCGCUGCUAUUAUCGAGGCUGGGGACCUGGACAAGCUGGUGCGGGGGCGGUAUGCCAGCUGGAAGGAGGGGAUCGGUGCGCGGAUUGAGAAGGGCGAGGUGGGGUUUGAGGAGCUGGAGGCGGCUGUGAUGGCGGAUGGGGGCAAGGAGCCGGAGUUGGACAUGUCGACAACUGCUGCUCCCACGGCCAACGGUUUGAAGCUCCUCGACGUGCGCGGGAGGGAGUUCUGCCAGAACGACACGACGCCUCCGAUCAAGGCAUCCACCAUGGACGAGCUUCACCGGCUGCAGAAGAAGAAGUCCAACCCGACCACGCCAAGGGGCUCCACGGGCGGCGAUCAGAACGGCGAGAAAUUCCAGCAGCAGCUCGAGUCUAUCAGCGCGUCUCUGGCAUCUCACGUUCGGGAGCACGGGCCCAAGAUUGUGACGAGCAAGUGCAAGCCGGCGUCGCAGGGCCACAGGGCCGUCGCUCCGUCGCAGCCGUGCGUCAGCGACAGCUCGCUCAAGCUCACGCACGUGCUCUACAACCUGUCGCCUGCUGAGCUCUACGAGCAGGCGAUCAAGUACGAGAAGGGGUCGUUUAUCACGUCGUCCGGCGCCUUGGCGACGCUCUCGGGAGCCAAGACGGGGCGAUCGCCCAAGGACAAGGCGUCGGGGUCGCCCAACAUCGAGAUGGACGCGGAGACGUUUCUCGUGAACCGCGAGCGAGCUGUGGACUACCUCAACUCGCUGGACAAGGUGUUCGUGAACGACCAGUUUCUCAACUGGGACACGGAGCACCGGCUCAAAGUGCGCAUCGUCUCUGCACGCGCCUACCAUGCGCUCUUCAUGCACAACAUGUGCAUUCGGCCGACAGCAGAGGAGCUGGAGAGCUUCGGCAAGCCGGAUUUCACGAUCUACAACGCGGGGCAGUUCCCGUGCAACCGCUUCACGCACUACAUGACGUCGUCCACGAGCAUCGACCUGAACCUGCAGCGCAAGGAGAUGGUCAUCCUGGGCACGCAGUACGCGGGCGAGAUGAAGAAAGGGCUGUUCUCCGUCAUGCAUUACCUCAUGCCCAAGCGCGGCGUGCUCUCGCUGCACUCCGGGUGUAACAUGGGCAAGGCGGGCGACGUGGCGCUUUUCUUUGGGCUGUCGGGCAUGGGCAAGACGACGCUGUCGACGGAUGAGAACCGGGAUCUGAUCGGGGAUGACGAGCACUGCUGGACGGACAACGGCGUGUCGAAUAUCGAGGGCGGGUGCUACGCCAAGUGCAUCGGACUGUCCGCGGAGAACGAGAAGGAAAUCUUCAAUGCCAUCAAGUUCGGCACAGUGCUGGAGAACGUGGUGUUUGACGAGCACACGCGCGAGGUGGACUAUGAUGACAAGUCCGUCACGGAGAACACGCGCGCGUCCUACCCCAUCGAGUUCAUCCCCAACGCGCGCAUCCCCUGCGUCGGCCCGCACCCCAAGAACGUCAUCCUGCUCGCCUGCGACGCGUUCGGCGUGCUGCCGCCCGUCAGCCGCCUCUCCCUGCCGCAGACCAUGUACCACUUCAUCAGCGGCUACACCGCGCUGGUGGCGGGCACGGAGGACGGCGUGAAGGAGCCGCGCGCAACCUUCUCCGCGUGCUUCGGCGCGGCGUUCAUCAUCGCCACGCCCAUCUUCGGCCUGCAGGUCCCGCAUGCCGUCAACGACGUGCCGUCGGAGAUUCUCAUGCCGCAGAACAUGUGGGAGGACAAGGCGGCUUACGAGGCGACUCUGGUGAAGCUAGCGCGGCUGUUCCAAGACAACUUCAAGAAGUUCGCCGAGUACGACGGUAAUGGCAGCGAUGGCAAGCUUGCGGCGGAUAUUCUCGCUGCAGGGCCGCACCUCUAG